GACUGUUGCUCCCAUGUUCUAACACCUGCGCAGCUGCCGGUAAUUCAUACAAAUUUAUCUGAUGCGGAUCGCUGCUGGCUUCACUGUCUAUACCCAAUGGUCUGUACGGACGAACUGCCACCAUUUUAAACUCUUUGAAGACAAACUCGGAAAAUAUAAGAAUAUGCUAUUUGUGAGCACGCUGUUUAUUGAGGAUUACAGACAUCUAAAAAGCAGAGUCGUUUGGUUGGGGUUGCCUUUAUUUCCUGUUGAGAGAGUAGAGGACUGAUGCUGCCUCGAACACCCUCCUCAUCAGCAGAGCCGAUGAUAAACAUUUCAAAAAUUGUCGGAUGAUCGAACCUGAGCGGAAGAUCUCCGAGGCUCGCUCUUGGACCAUCCACUCAUCUGACCUCAAGGUAAAGAACCGGAUUACACCGUCAAUAACCAUUGGACAGAGUCUGCCAUAGGGGAGAUAUCAAUAACUCAGUAACACACACACACACACACACACAUACACCAUCAUUCCUGAUGGCGCUUGAAGACUCUUCCUUCCCCUCGCGGCCAGAGUCCCUCUCUCUGCCCGUGGUGGAGAAAGGGAAGGGACCAGUGGAAGAGGCUAGCGAGGUGACGGCCUCCACCGGAGUGUUUGAUGUGUCUGAGGAUCUGGGCCAUGUGGUUACCACGGAUACCGCCCAGCCUGGCGUUAACAGAUCGUGGAAGUCCAAGUUGGCAGAGAGGCAGGCCAAUGCGGCAUCCGAGGAGUACGUUAAGAAGCUGCCUCGGGUGGUGGAGAAGGAGAGGGGUAGAUUUGGCUGGGCCAAGAGACGUAAGACUCAGCGCUAUGUGGAGAAGAAUGGUCGCUGUAACGUUUCACACGGCAACAUGAGGGAGACGUACCGUUAUCUGACAGAUAUCUUCACCACGCUGGUGGACCUCAACUGGCGCUGCUCUCUCUUCGUCUUCGUCAUGGCCUAUGCCAUCACCUGGCUCUUCUUCGGGGCCAUUUGGUACCUGAUAGCCUACCUCCGAGGGGAUCUAGAUCAUCUGGAGGAUGAGACAUGGACACCGUGCGUCAACAACGUGAACGGCUUCAUCUCUGCCUUCCUCUUCUCCAUCGAGACAGAGACCACCAUUGGUUACGGCCACCGUGUCAUCACUGACCAGUGUCCAGUGGGCACCAUGCUGCUCCUGCUCCAGGCCAUACUGGGAUCUAUGGUCAACGCCUUCAUGGUGGGCUGUAUGUUUGUGAAGAUCUCUCAGCCCAAUAAGCGCGCGGAGACCCUGGUGUUUUCUAAGAAUGCAGUGAUCUCUCUGAGAGACGACAGACUGUGUCUGAUGUUCCGGGUGGGGGACCUGCGCAGCUCGCACAUUGUUGGAGCCAACAUGAGGGCCAAACUCAUAAAGUCUAAACAGACUCAGGAAGGUGAGUUUAUCCCUCUGGACCAGACAGACAUCAGUGUGGGUUUUGAGACGGGGGACGACCGCCUGUUUCUGGUGUCUCCACUGGUCAUCUCCCACGAGAUCGACUGCCGCUCGCCCUUCUGGGACAUGUCUCAGGGCCAGCUGGAGAAGGACGACUUUGAGAUGGUCGUCAUCCUGGAGGGAAUGGUGGAGGCCACUGGUAUGACGUGCCAGGCGCGAAGCUCUUACCUGGCAGACGAGGUCCAGUGGGGUCACAGGUUCAGUCCGAUGAUGUCACUGGCCGAAGGCUUCUUUGACAUUGACUAUGGCGCCUUCCAUCAAACCUUUGAGGUGGACACUCCCUCCUGCUCAGCGCACGAACUCUCAUUAGCUGCGGCCAGAUUGGAGGCUCAUCUCUAUUGGUCGAUCUCCAGUAAACUGGACGAAGAGAAAUGGGAGGGAUCUUCUCUGACCAAUCAAUCAGGGAAGCAGCUAGACAAUGGGAAAGGAGGGGUCGUCGGCCCCGUUUCAUUUACUGUUGGUGAGAUCACUGGAAUAGAAGAACAAUCCGGACCAGGGGAGUUGAAUGGAAGUGUCACCACUGACCAGUCAGAAUCAGAGGCCUAAAGUAGAUUGGGGCACCCUAUCCCCUAUGCAGUGCACUUAUUUUGAGCAGAGCCCUGGUCCACAGUACUAUAAAUGUCAUGACAGGAUGAACCACAACUGCAGUACUGUAAAUGUACUUUUAGCUAAUGUAUAACAUACAGCCAUAGAACAUUUUUCCCCAAGGGAGAGUUGGGUGGUUUAAAUGGUCCAUUUUGCUCCUUCUUUGCUGUGUUGGAUAACAUUGACUUGGACAUGACAAAUUAUAUCAAUUCAAUUUUGUCUUUCAUUUCUCUGGUGAUAUUUUAUUAUUACCAUGAAUAUCUGUGCUUCACUAUAAUUAUAUUAUAUUGUUAUAGCUCCAAUAUCCUCUGCCAACAACAUACAUUAUAUGAAUUAAUACCUUUUUUUUUUUUUUUUUUAAGAAUGAAGUAUUGACAAUUCUUUGUCAGGAAAGAGGAUGUUGUUCAACCAGGUGAGAAUGUUCAGAGACAUAGAAAGAGAACUGUGUUUUGGAAUGUUCUGGAACGUUCAGAGAGAUCGAAAGAGAAGCAUGUCAUGUGUUGGCUGAAUUGGGGAGUCAAUGUAUAAAAGGAAUUAUGUAUUAUGGAUAGUGUGAUAGAAGAGAACAUGUAUGGUUUUUCACUUUAGCAUGUAAAGAGCAUAUCAAGGAAUCGAUUUAAAUAGUAUCUCUAAAUCUCUUUAUCUCUAAAAAAAAACAAGGAUUGUUUUAAAAGAUUAUAUAGAAGUGUACAUUAUGAUUACAUUAAAACAACCACAAUCUUGUGAUUAAUUUAGAUGUAGAAUCAUUACUGUGUUAACAAUUUUAAAGGGUUACAUCAUAUGUAGCUUAUCACUGACCAUGUCCCAACUGGAGACUAGUGGAAGUAUUCAUCUAACAAAACAAAGUAUUUUCUCUCUUGGGAAUGUUUCUGUGUGCUUUCACGUAGAAAGUAAGUAGCACAAUGAAAUAUUUUCUUUCUAUAGCCUCUUAGGAUUUAAGCACAACUGUGUUCCGCUCUGCUCACCCCAACCUCGUGCUUCUGCUGCUGUGUACAUAGGAGCCUUUUUACUUGAUGUUUUUAAUAUAGAAAAAAAAUCUGAAUUAUUAUCUAUCAAAAUUAAUAAACUAUAUUCCACACCAA